UUACCUCCUUGCUAGAAACACGUGUGCUUGUUUUGUAAUCCACGGAAGCGUGACAUGUCGCACAUUCUUGUGAAAUGGGUGGAGGACGAGAAGUGGGACGUAUAUCCCGUCAGUGCCCUGGCCGACGCGGAUGUGGCCUUCCGCUUAAUAUCCCAGCAGGGAUGCAUCAAACGACUACGCGGAACGGUUCACCGCGUGAGCUGGAAAGAAGGAGCGCCACCGGCCUUGGCAGAACUUCUUGCCUUCGGAAAUCCACAGCAACUCGAAAAAAAGAGAGCCCGUCUCGUGUCGGAGGCUGCUGCGCAGUCAGAUCUGCCAACAGAAAACAUCAACUCAUGCAGCACCUGUGCUGCUCAAGUAAAUCAGCUUCUGAAAGAGAAUGAAGCUCUCAGAGGUGAAUUAGAGAGCAUGAAGCGGGCGGCAGAGGAGCGCGAUCACGUUGCUGAGGCAGCCAAAUUAGUCAAAAGGUUGCGAAAGGCCCUGGGAAAGGUCUAAAUCAAAACACAACAAGCAGCUUAACCUGUUGUUGCUUGCCCAAAGGUAGAUAUAUCUAUCCUAUCCGCCGUCUUAGCUAGUGUCAUAAAUGCAUGAAAUGAUACUGUGAGAAAAAUGAAUUUUUUGCACUAUCCUUUAAGUUCUCUGCAAGCUCCAAGUCUGGCAACUGUUCCAACAUCCACAUUCUUUGGUAUUUAUGUGUGUGUAGCUCUAGGAGUGUUAGCGAGUGCCACUCAGGCCAAUCCAGUGGAUGCGGAACAUUCUUCUGGCCAAUGGUAACACGUAGUAUGUGAACUUUAUGAGUAGGCAGCUGACCAAUAAACUGUCGUAUGAUAUUUUAAGGCAUCAAACCUGCGUGAUUCAAGACCCUUGCUAUGAAAUGCAGGAGAAAGGGAACUGAAGGCCCACUUUUGUGAAACACAUUGAUGUGAAACCAAGAGAUAUGCCAAGUAUAGCAUAGGGGAAGUUAUUGUUUUUCUUUAAGUGUAGAAAUGAUAAAGGAAAAUGAAAGUGGACGAAAAAAGAUACCGACGAUUACAGUACUCCCUAAUGUGAAAUAUGAGCGCAGCCCUAUACGUGUUUUCAUUUCGCGAUAUUUUCAGGCAAAGAAUUUGAGAGAGACAUGUAGUAGAGUCGGCAAUUGUCGUAUAUCUGAUCUGCGGGUCAAACACGUCGGCUUUUAUACAUGAGUCGUCGAA